AAGAGAAAGAGUCCAAGAGAAGAGAAUAAUUGAAAGUGUUUCAGUGGAAAAUACGAAACUUAAAGAACUAAGGAGAGAAAGAUUGGAAAUUGAAGAAUGGACUAGAAGAUUUAAGAAGAUGAGACGAGAAGCUAAACACUUGGAACACCAAGAGAGACUUCGGGAGAUGAGAGUUGAGAUGGUUAAACAAGCUAUUGAAGAAAGCAAAGAUUUUAUUACUGCUGAAAAUCUUGAUGAAAAGAUUGCUUUUGCACUGGACAAUGAAACUUCAUAUAACUUUGCAUUAAAACCAAAUGGAGAAAGAAUCUAUUCUACUGAGCCCCCUGGCAAUAUGGACCCAGAACAGCCAGGUCCUGCUGCCUAUGUUUUCCCCUCUUCUUACUUUGAGAAAAGACCAGAGAAAAACAGCCAAGAAUAUUAGUUCACAUCAUUUGCAACUCUACAAAAUCAACCAGUUUGGUUGGAUGCAGGACUGGAUUUCCAUCCCCCAACAUACAGUACAUGUAUGUUAGCUGAAAUGUGAAUAUUAUUCAAAGAAAAUAAAAGGGCAAGUCUGACAUGAAAUUUGUUAUAUUUAUUAAUAACUAGAGUGCAUGCAAACACUAAAAGUGUGCAACUUACAUAUCUAUACCACUAUACUACUAUAACUUACAGUGGUUUCUAAUAUUCCUGCAUGUCUUAAAAAAUCAUCAUUUAAUGUACUUCUUAAUAAAACUUCUUAUAGCUAUUUCGAAAAAAGGUUGUCGGAUUAAAUGGCAAAUGUCAAAUUGACGAACGUCAAUUGCACAACUGAAAGUAGCCAUGAGUUUGGUUAGUUGAAAGGCAAUAACUGAUUUAUAGUAGUGUACGAUAGUUGUGGUAAACAUUGGCUCCAUUUAGUCUCCAUUUCCGUAGGUAAAUCCAGCAAGUGAAAUUUUGUUUAUCAAAAUAGUGUAACCAUAGUCCCUAGAUAGUCCCUAGAUAGUCCCUAGCUUUCAGUGGUGCAAUUUCCCUUGCGACAAUCGCCGUUGGCCCGACAACGUUUUUUUUAUAUAGCUGUAAAACUUCUCUGAACGCCGCAUACAUCUCUGAUUAUUUAUUUUUUGUUCAUAUCCUCAAAAAAAUAAAAAAGUGCAAAUAAAAGCGAAUGUAUCAUUUGAAUUAACCCAAAUUAAACGACAUGGAGGUCGUAAACUUCGCAGUCACUAUCAGUCACUAAAUGAUUCUGGUUUAGUUUUAAUUUUGUUUCGAACAAAGAAUGCAAGGAUGAGUGUUAUAGCUUCUGAUUCUAAUCAGUUAAAGCAGCUACAAUGUUGAUUAUGCACUAGUCAAUUGAAACCCCCGCCCCCGAUAUCCGAGAAAUACCGGGGAGUUUAACGUUUGAACGGUGGUGGUAGUUGGGGGCACAUUCACUGUUAACUAUCCCCGCUACCGUUGCCCCUUUCAAUGCAACUCAAAUCAGUUUUCUGUGAUAAACGUGGAAUCCUGUGUACUCAUUUGCGUACUACAUGAGGCUAACUGGUCGUAGAAAAACGUGUAAUAAUUAAGUUUCUUAAUUUUCAUGCAGGAAAAUAAACAGAUAUGAAAAAUGCGGCGUUUAAUAAAAGCACGUUAAAAAGCGUCACGUCCCCG